AUGCCAUUUCCCUUCGUGCUGCCCACGACUUCGCAACUCUCAUACCAGUCACAUUUGACCUCGUCAACACACCCCUCGCUACCAUCAGCUUCGACGGCUCAGCGAGCUCUGGUAAGGUCUGCGUUGAAGUCACACAGACGGCUCUCGCCAUCGGAAAAAGCCAGUAACUUGCAGAGCCUGGUGACAGCACUGUCAGACUAUAUCCGAUAUUUGGACAGCCUCGACAUAGGCCUCGGCGGGAAGCCUGUAGCCAGCGAAGAUAUUGAUCUUGCUCUGGUUCAGGAGAUAGAUGUCGAAUGGCGUCCUACACUGACGGCUUCAGCGCUUCCAGGGCGAGAAAGCGAGCGUGUUAAGGGUCGCGGUCUGGACUUUGAAUUGUACUUCGUUUAUCAUACAUUGGCCCUCGCCUACAGUCUGCAAGCACGCCAGAGCCUGCUCGGCCUGUAUGCAGCAGCGACGCCAUCUCCAGAUCAGCGAUUGAGUAUUAUCAGAAAUGCGAGCCAGAACCUCACCAGAGCUCACUCAUUGCAUGCCUACCUGAGGAACAGGUCAAAUUUGUCAAGCGAUGGCCCACCAUCCUUUCCUGCUGGUGCUGUCGACGUGUCGCAGUCUAUGCAGAGCGCUUUGCAAAACUUGCUGCAGGCCGAGAUCAACCUGCUUUCUGUAUUGAAGGACGACCCGUAUCCAGCACAGGUGCUACAGGCCAGAAACAAGGAUGACAGGGAAUGGAUGAUCAAGGCUCCCAAGACGCCGAAAGCGCGAGCUGCUAUUCUACAACGACUUUGUAUCGGAGCGGCUGAAAAGGCAGCUGCAGCUUUGGUUGCGAUGAAGUCAAACAGCAAGCGAGGAUCCGUUGAGUUAGUCGAGUAUUGUACGAACAUACGAUCAACCGCUCGCGCAAAAGGAUGCCGCUUUGCGGCCAUUGAGGCCGAUGUGUCUGGGCAGACAGGCAAGGCUAUCGCUUGGCUACACGCGGGCGCCAACGAACUCGGUGUCGAGAUCGAUUCCACUGGAAAGCAAAGCAGAUUCUCGAAACUGAAGAACACAUAUGCCGAGAAGAGAGAAGAUAGCAAAAUAGCCAAGGGUCAUGCGUCUUGGGGAGCCGACGGUGGCCAGUCUGAGGAGCGCCGCGUACUGGACUUUCUGCACGCGAAGUAUACGCGAGAGAAUGACACAAUCAACGUCCAGAUUGUGCCAGAAUGGAGGCCGCUUCUUGCUCUGAUGCCAAGCGCAAUGAACUUUCCAAUCGAUGAGAAGUGGAAGGUCGAAACACUUGCGGAGGACGAGCUCGCUCGUAUGCGCGCAGUGCCCAACAACGAGGAACCGAGUCCAGCCGACAGCAGCGACGAAGAUGGCGAAGGCAAAGCACGACAGCCUGCCGGAGCAUUUCCUGGCACGAAUGAGGAUUAUGGCCGAUCGAGUUACUACUGA